GGCCUUGGGACUGCCAGUGGCUGCUGGAAGUGUGGCGUAGUAGGUGAGAGUACCUACAGAAAGUGGAGACGGAGAAAUACGGACGGCUAAGAACGACAGUACGGACAGAGGAGACGAGAAAUGGAGACUGGACAGCUCCAAGAGAAGUUUAUCCAGAUGAAAGAAGAGAUGGCACUUCUGAAGGAGGAACUGACACAUCGUAAUCAAGAGGACAUUGCCCGUUUGGAUGGGGAACUGACCACACUGAAGAAAAACUGCGACCACCUGAGUGAACAGGUGGUCGGACUGGAGGGAGAAGUGGCCACACUGAAGGGAAACAACGCCACACUAAAGGGAGACAACGCCACACUAAAGGGAGACAACGCCACACUGCGUCAGGAGGUGGUCCAUCUACGUGAAGAGGUGGUCCGCCUGCGGCAGGCUGUGCUCGAGGAGCGCACCACUCGCCAGGUCGUCGUGGAGGAGCUGCGGCAGGAGGUUCGCCGGCGAGCGGCGCCAUCCGACCGUUCGCAGAGUGACGACGAAGAGCCUCGCGAACUGACUUCACUGAAGGACAACAAUUAUGACAAGUGUGACGUCACAACCCAAACUGCGGAGGAGGCGCUGCCGGUAGGCGGUAGCUUGAGGCCGCCCGCGCCUCGCGAGACCAACAUCUACCACCUGGACACCGAGCUGCUGAAGAUGGUGAUGAGCAAGAUGGACUGCAGGGACAUGUUUCGCGCCAGGCGGGUCUGCCGUCGGUGGCGGGCCGCCGUCGACGAUAUCGUCAGCGACUGUCGGCGGCAGCUAACCGAUCAGAAAACCCGCGGUGGAGAGGUCCCGGCGCCGGCCACGAGCCUAGAGCUCGUGUUGAAGGUGCAGGACCAGCCGAAGAUGACCGAAUUGCAGGCGCCGACCGCUGAGACGGACACCGACCUCCGACUGGUCGCGGCCACCUGCCACGAUCUGGAGAAGGCCAACCUGCACGGCUUUAAGCUGCGGGUCUCUGCCCUGCGCCGGCUGGCGCGUGCCAACGCCUCCAGUCUGCGUGAGCUGACGCUGCCGGCCGGCAUCAGCGACUGGCAGCUGGAGGCGCUGCUGGAGCCGCUGAAGGCUCUGGAGCGGCUCGAUGUGAGCCCACCUGUGGACAGCUCCGGCAAGUGGCUGCGGCUGCUGCCUCAGUCGUCGAAGAGACUGGACAUCACUGGAUCCGGGAUGACUAGAGCGCCGCUGAGUCACCCCCGAUGGCCGACAUCUGGGCUGGAUGUUGGUAUACAGAAAGGCACGGACACACUCCUGGACCAGCUGACUGCUCUGGCGACCCACACAGUCACGGGGUUGUUCAUACGGUACUCACCGUCAGUGACACUGGAAGCGACGGGACGCCUCCUGACUGUCCUCACCAGCUUGAAGGACGUCACUGUUUUCGGAUCCGGCGUCAUUUGCGACACUGCGCUGUCCGCCCUACACGGCUGCUCCCAGCUGGAUACGCUGGAGUUCAAAGACACCCGGCCCCUCGCGGACAUCCCUGCCCUGACCCAGUCAGAGGUGGCAGCGGUCAGCAGGAUGGCAGUGACAUGCAGGAAACUGAAGACACUGUUCCUAACCUCCUCACUCGAAAACUGCCAGGCUGUCCUGACCGCCCUGCACGAGACAGACCUGGGACGUGACAGUGGCCAGUCCCGUACCAUCGAUCUCUUGGUCCCCAAGUCUCUAUACGACAAGCUUACCAAGCCUCCCAAACGCAGCAAAAUUUGUUUGAAGUACUUUGGCUAGACGACUAGCUUCCCGGUGCCUCGUCCGCUCAUGUGCCGUCAGCGGUGUCGGAACUCGACAACAGAUGGCAGCACCGUGUCCCGUCGGCAGCGCUGUUCUGUACACAAUGCACGUCUAGACCUUCAUAUCCAGAAGUGCUUUGAGUCGCCCUGUCCCAUCACCCAUCCGUGCUUCUAUC